GGCGUCGUUGGUGUUCGGCAGGUCUGUCGUGUAGUGAAUCGCGAAGCUCUCCUGGCAUAAUGGCUGGUGGAAAGGCGGGCAAGGACUCUGGUAAGGCGAAAGCGAAAGCAGUCUCCCGCUCGGCGAGGGCCGGCUUGCAGUUCCCCGUUGGCAGAAUCCACAGGCACCUGAAGAACAGGACCACGAGCCAUGGCCGAGUCGGGGCUACCGCGGCUGUUUAUAGCGCCGCCAUCUUGGAGUACCUUACGGCCGAGGUCUUGGAGUUGGCGGGGAAUGCUUCCAAAGACUUGAAGGUGAAACGUAUCACGCCCAGACAUUUACAACUGGCAAUUCGAGGAGACGAGGAGCUGGACAGUCUCAUCAAAGCAACCAUUGCCGGAGGAGGUGUCAUCCCACAUAUCCAUAAAUCGCUGAUCGGCAAGAAGGGUUCACAAAAACCAGCCUAAUUUAGUGAUUGGUUAUAAGAGAAUUGAAAGACAUGCAAACGAGAAGAAAAUCAGAAGCUGCACGGGGAGAGAGUGAUCGUUGACAAAGUGUACCUAUCUUACUAAAUUGAUCGAGGGACAGGCGUGAUAUAUAUAUAUAUAUAUAGUUAUAUAAAUAAAACAAAUAUUGAUAUAAUUUAAUAUAGGUAAGAAGGUUGAGAGAAUGGUGAAAGUAAGAGAUUGCGUUUGACGUUUGGAAAAAAGAGGGAGAGAGGGCGAGGGGAAAAGUGUAUUAGCGAGACGGCAUUCUGCAUAAUUGAGUUCCAGCGAUCGCGGACCGCCGGGCGAUGUGUUGUAACAUGGCUCGUUUGAGUCUCGGCAUCUUCCGAUGUCGCAUUAUAUCCUAGAGUAUUUAAGAGACCCGAGGUACCGCACGAACUUAGAACGGGCACGAUCACUUUUCCGCCGCGCACGUCACUGGUGCUUGACUCGAUAAUUCUGUUUACGUUUGGUCAAGACCGCGAUGCGUGUCUUGAAUUUAAUCCACGAGUGGCGUUCACGUUUACAUUACGGGCCUUAGCUUAUUCUACCAAACUUGACGCGUGUUGGUGCCGACCACGAAAUACGUCGACGCGUAUUUCCAUCCCGUUGUGCAGUAGAUCUUGUUGGUGUUUAGUAAGGCGGACGAAAAAAGAAUAAGAGAAAAGAAAUGAAAAAUGCGACAGGAGGUGCAUCGAUUUUCUCCUUGUCAUUAAAUACUCUGGGCCUUCUUCCACGAAGCAUCAGAGAAAUUGCGGAUAAAGAGUUCCGCAUUGAGAACUUUUAAUUUUGGACUAACGUUCUAUCCUCAAAGUCUAUUUUUGUCAUGUAUGUAUCGGACCGAGUCUGCUUUUAAAGUUUGGUCUCGCAAUCUCGAUUCCCAACGCGAGUAUUAUUUUUACACGUUGUAUUAACACGGUUAUAGCCACUGUAGCAUGUCCACUUGAUUUUCGUUUCCCUUUUAAUGUUCAUUUUUUUCCCUUGUCCUUUUUUUAUUUUUACUUAUUUUCACCUGCGCGCGUGAAAUUGCCGACGAGCCCGAACGGUUCGUCGACUGAUGCUCGAGAUUGCGAAACUGCAAGCUCCCAAGGCGAAAAGCUUUUUAUCCAGGCAAGGGCAAACCUGCUAUAUACAUAUAUACAUAUAUAUAUAUAUACAUACAUAUAUAGUUAUCCAAUUGAAGCCACUGAAUUUGUAAGCUCAACGUAAUAAGACCGUUUCUUCGAGUGUUCUCUCUCUUUUGUUACUAUUAGGAAGCUCUUCGUUUUACUCUCGUAUACAACUUGUAAUUGUUGCGUCGGGAAAUUUACCUAAAGUAACUUCCAUGUAUACCGUCGGUGAAUUUACCAUGGACACGCCAGCCAUAUGUAAAACGUUCAUUUUUCACAAUAAAGCGUAAAAGAUUUUACUAUUA